AAAGCCGGACCACCCAACUUUGUCCCAAAAGAAAACGUCUGAUACGGUAGGGUGCAGUUGAACACACCACCCCAAACCACUGUGCCCGUGACCCUAUUGGCUCCAUCAUUUGACGGUAGCCCGGUGGACUCUUGAUGAUCCGAACCGUCUGUACGUCACCACUCCGUGCACUCUAGCCUCACCCAACCCCAUCGUCAUUAUCACCCACCGUCCCCCUAUCCACCCCCACUUUUCCAUUAUAUUUACCCACCUCACCCCCCACCCCCUCACUAUAAUAUCAUAUCCCCUCCGCCGCCACACCUACCACCACCGUUCCAACCACCGUUAACUUGCUAACGUGCACCAAUACCUCAACUAACGUACGCCGUCACCCAAGUUCACCACCGAAAAGAGCCACCGUUAAGUUGCUAACGUGCGCCGUCCCUCAAACUCACCACCGCAAAGAGGCACCGUUAACUUGCUAACGUGCGCUGUCGCUCACACAAAAUCACCACCGCAAAAAGCCACCGUUAAUUUGCUGACGUACGGCGUCGCUCACUCAAAAUCACCAUCAUAAAAAACCACCGUUUACCUGCUAACGUGCGCCGUCACCGCAAAAAGGCACCUUUAAUUUGCUAACGUACGCCGUCGCUCAAACUCACCACCGCAAUGUCUUCCACGGGACAAAAAACUGUACGGAAGUUUCCACCGCCGUGCUGGACACGCGACGAGGCUCUGGUACUCAUCGAAGCAUACCGAGAGAGAUGGCACGCGCUCCACCGCGCGUUCCUCCGAACCCCCGAUUGGGACGCGGUGGCUGAAACAGUCACCUCCAGCUGCCCUGACGUCACACCGCCGAAAACCUCCGCUCAGUGCCGCCACAAGAUGGAGAAGCUCCGCCAACGCCACCGUGCCGAGAAGCAACGCGCCUCCGCUUUCCCCGGUGAACGGUUUUUCUCCACCUGGUUUUAUUACGAAGCUAUGGAAGCCAUGGAAAACGGACCCGGAUCCAGCUCCGAACCCGGUAAUAAUCCGGAUCCGGGUCAGGGAAUUCAAGUCAAACCUUUAGCUGUUCAAAAGUUUGCUACUUUAGCCCCAAUUUCCACCAAACAGAGAACCAAACCAAACCCUAACCCUAAUUUCAAUUCUGGAACCUCAAAUCGUUACAAUUCGUACCCCAAUUACAAUUCAAACAAUGUUGAUGAUUAUGCACAACGGUCAGUAUCAGAAGCCCCAAUUGAAGAACCCCUAAUUUCAUCUGCAUACAGAGGCAGAGAAACCCUAAUUCGAGAAGCGAAAAAUCACAAAAAACCGUCGAUUGGAGGCGGGGUUAGGAGCAAAUCCGCGAACACUCCGAUCCCGCCUCAUGAAGAAUCCGGUCGACCCGGUCUUCGCCCAAGAAAAUUCAGCAAGGUUGUUCAUGAUCAUGAUGAUGGUGAUGACGAUGACGAUGAUGAUGAAAUGUGGGUGAAAGUUCCGAGGAGUACGAAUGUGUUAAGGGGAAAAUGGCGAAACGAAAACAAUUCCAGUUCGAAUGGGAAGAAUGUGAAUGGGAAAAAUGGGAAGAAAGGGAAGAGGAAGGAUGGUGGGGUAGCGGAAGUGGUGUCGUCGAUACGGUUGUUAGGAGAAGGGUUUAUGAAGGUGGAGAAGAUGAAGAUGGAUAUGGCUCGGGAGAUUGAAGAGAUGCGAAUGGAGACGGAGAUGAAGCGAAACGAGUUGAUGAUCGAGUCGCAGAAGCAGAUUGUGGAUGCUUUUGUGCAGGGUUUGGUUAAGUCUAGGAAGGUGAAAGCAGCAACAAUGGUGAAUCUUUAGGUUGUGAUAUGAAGGUUUUAGAUUCUAUGUUGAGGAGGAUAUAUGUUUAGUUUGAAGUUUGUUGAUGUAUAAAGUUACAUUCUUGUGUUUUUUAACAAGUCAUCAGACUGAUAUAUGUUAUCACUUGAUUAAGGUUGUUAUAGUGUUGAUGCCCAAAUGUACAAACUGAAGUUGAUUGGUUUUGGCUAUUUAAUGGUUGUUAUUUUAUAUA